AUGACAGCACCCAGAAACAAGGGCAUCAUGGGGAUCUCCAAGGCAACAUCCUCAUCGCAUCAUGGCAUGACCCCCAAGGACCCUUCCCACCCUCCUCAUAAUCAACCAAAUAUCCACAGACAACACCAGAACGAAAAUACACUAACAGCACAGAAUACAUGGCCAGUCGUCACACCCAAAAUGGAGCCCAGCACAGAAAUACCAGAUACCAGAUGA